AUUAAGUGCUACAUUCAUUAACUUGCCUUUUUAUUCUCUUUCUAUACAGAUUGCUACAGUGCUUUUCCUGCCUUUUUGGACUGCGACUUGGUGCUACACCUGCCUUUUAACAUCUGGGUUUAUUAUUUUUUGGCUUCUCCUUUGUUCAGAUAAAUCCAUCUCGUCUGAACAAGUGUAAGAGAUAGCCAGGGUCUCCUUAGGGAGACCCCCUUGGGGUACCCCGGCCUUGAGCCGGCCCCUACAUUUUUCAAGAUCUGAAAAGCUCCUUUAACAGGUUUUGAAGAUGAACGAGACAGAGAGAAUUCCAUCACUCCUGUCACUGUACUCCGUCCUGGAGGAUUUCAGGGUGGAGGAUACAGAUUUUGAGGCCCUCGCCUCUUAUUACGAACAUCACUACCGGGUCCAAUAUGGGAGCAACGUCAUCUUAGAUCAGUUUAUACUGCUCUACUUUUUGGACCCGAGCACAAUCAAUGGGAACAUUAUCCAUUACUGGAUAAUGAUUUACUAUCUGGAAGAGCUCAAGAGGGAGCAUGCCACCCUCUGCAUUGAUGUGUCGCUGUCUCCUGAGACACCAACAGAGCAGCAAAUAUGGAGGCAGCAUCUGGAGUAUCUGCGGCUGCAGAAUACUGUCCAAUCUCACCUUCUCCAGCUUGGCAUGACAUUCUCGGAGAAGGAGAAGAAACUGCAGGAAGCUGCUCAUCCUCCGGUGGGGGAAAGGCUGACCCUCCGAAAACGGGUCAGGAAGGCCAUCAUGAAGAGGCUACAGAGAGUUUGGCAUUCCACCAGAAAACUCGCCUGCUGUCAUCGAUCCACCGCCACCACCUGAAUCCUUUUUACUUGUCCUGCAAGUGUGUAACUGUGUGUGUAUAUGUGUGUCUAGCCAUGAUCCAGGGUGUAGAACUGACUGCCAUUUCUAGGAGUCAGGAAGGAAUUUUUACCUUCAGUGCAGAUUGGCUGUUAAGCACUUGGUGGUUGGUUUUUUUGCCUUCCUUUGGAUCAUUAGCUUCUUGGGUGCAUGCUCGGGGUGCGUGUGUAGGAGGGUGGGUACAUGUAUGUAGGAAAGAGGGUGGGUAUGUGUAUUAUGAGGGAGGGUGGGUGCAUGUGUGUUGGAGGGUGGGUGCAUGUGGGCAGGAGGGUGGGUGCAUAUGUGUAGGAGAGUGGGUGGCUGUGUGCAGGAGGGUGGGUAUGUAUAGUUUGUCUGUAGGAAGGUGGGUAUGUGUGUAUAUUGGAGUGCGGGUACAUGUGUGUAGGAAGGAGGGUGGGUGCAUGUGUGUAGGAGCAUGGGUGGGUGUG